AUGGAGUUUGAUGAAUAUGAAUACUUAGAGAAAACAGUUGAAAAUCUGGAACCGCCAAAGAUGAAGGAAACUGCUAAUGGUGGGAAUGAUAUGGUGAAAUCUAGGGAAAGGGAUGGUUCACGGAGUUCAAAACAUAGGAGUGAUGAGAAGGAUGAUGGGGAUGAUGACGAAAGAAGACGUUCGAAGCGAUCAAGAUCUGGAGAUGAGUCUAGGGAUCGUGAACGGAGUAAAGAAAGGGGCUUGUCCCGUCAUCGGUCACGUUCUAGAGAUGGAGAGAGAGAUCGGCACAGGAGUAGCAGGGAACAUAGGGAUAGAGACAGAGGUAAGGAUAGAGAUAAAGAGGAGAGAAAUGGGAAAGAAAGGGAUCGUGAUCGAGACAGGAGAGAUCGUGAUGGUGAAAGGGAGAGGGAGAAAGUGAGGGAGAGGGAGAAAGAGAAGGAGAGGGAAAGAGAGCGGUCGCGUCGAAGCAGGAGUAGAUCGGAAAGGCAUAGAAGUGAUCGGGAUGAAAAGGAUAGAGAGAAGAGCCGGGACAGGGAGCUGAGAGAAAAGGAAAGAGAAAAAGAGACGGAGUCAAGGGAACGAGAGAGAGAAAGCAGGAAUGUAAGUGAGUUAUGCUCACUGAUGGCUUUCUUGGAUGUUGAGCGAGCAACUGCUGCACAGCAUUAUUUGUUGCGCAACUUUUUUGUCCAGAUGUCAUAUUAUAAAGAUGUGCAAGAAAAGCUGGAGAUUGGAGACCGUUGCCAUUUGGUGUUUAUAGUUGAACACUAUUGUAUUCUGGGACUCGCAGAUAUGCUAGAGCUUUCAGAUGGUCUUUCUGGCAAUUGGGCCAGGCACAGGAACUCAGGUCCUUUGGUAUUGCCAUUGAUACAACUUGAUGAUGUUGUUCCAUUUAAGAUUAUAAGAUAUAAAGAUAGAAAGGAAGAAGUGACGGAGCCUGAGGCUGAUCCUGAACGAGAUCAGAGGACAGUAUUUGCCUAUCAGAUAUGCUUGAAGGCGGAUGAAAGAGAUGUCUAUGAAUUUUUCUCAAGGGCUGGCAAGGUGCGGGAUGUGCGACUCAUCAUGGAUCGCAAUUCAAGACGUUCAAAAGGAGUUGGGUAUAUUGAGUUCUAUGAUGCAAUGUCAGUGCCUAUGGCUAUAGCACUCUCUGGACAGCCCCUUCUUGGUCAACCAGUGAUGGUGAAACCUUCUGAAGCUGAAAAGAAUCUUGUUCAGUCAACUACAGCUGUGGCAGCAGGUGGGCUUAUAGGCCCCUACUCAGGAGGGGCUAGAAGGUUGUAUGUUGGCAACUUGCACUUCAACAUAACAGAAGAUCAACUUCGUCAGGUGUUUGAACCAUUUGGUGCUGUGGAGUUGGUGCAAUUGCCUCAUGAUGAAAGUGGGCAUUGCAAAGGUUUUGGUUUUGUCCAGUUUGCACGUCUUGAAGAUUCUAGAAAUGCAUUAAACUUGAAUGGACAGGUGGAGAUUGCAGGCAGGCCGAUCAAGGUGUCAGCUGUUACUGAUCAAGCUGGAGCACAAGAUGGUGGGAUAAAUGCUGGUGAUUUUGAUGAUGAUGAAGGUGGUGGCUUGGCUCUGAAUGCACGUUCUCGGGCACUUUUGAUGCAGAAGUUAGAUCGCACUGGCACUGCCUCAAGUCUAACUGGUUCACUAGGCACCCCUACUCUACCACCAGCACCUCUCCUUGGGGCUGCACCUGUAGUGUCUCCUGCUGUUGCUCCUCUUUUAUCAGGUUCUGUUCCAUCUAUUCCUGGACUUCCAGUUCCAGGUCUUCAACUUCCUGCUACUACAAUUCCAACUGUGGAGACAAUUGGAGUCCCAAGUGAUUGCCUACUUUUGAAAAACAUGUUUGAUCCAAAAACAGAGAGUGAACCAGAUUUUGAUUUGGAUAUUAAAGAAGAUGUUCAAGAGGAAUGCUCAAGGUUCGGAACUGUGAAACAUAUUUAUGUGGACAAGAACACUGCUGGUUUUGUUUACAUGCGUUUUGAGAAUAUGCAAGCUGCAGUAAGUGCCCAACGUGCUCUUCAUGGAAGAUGGUUUGCUGGGAAGUUGAUCACUGCAACAUUCAUGGCGCCCCAGACCUACGAGGCUAGAUUAGGAAAACCAUUCUUGCACUAUUGGAAAGGCCAGAAUAUCAUGGAAGCAAUUGAAAAUGUUGUGAUAGUUGGAGCUGGAAUUGCUGGACUUACAACAUCAUUAGGCCUUCACAGGCUUGGAAUUCGAAGUCUAGUGUUGGAAUCAUCAGCAAGUUUAAGGGUCACAGGAUUUGCUUUCUUAACAUGGACUAAUGCUUGGAAGGCAUUGGAUGCUAUUGGCAUAGGUGACUCUCUCCGUCAACAACAUGAAUGGCUUGAUGGAGUAGUGGCUACCUCUACAGUUUCAGGAGAAUCCGGUGCACAACUAUCUGUUAAGGGCAAAGGAGCACACGGAGAUCAUGAAGUUCGCUGUGUGAAGAGGAAAUUGUUGUUGGAAGCCCUUGAAAAAGAACUCCCCGAUGGUACCAUAAGGUACUCCUCCAAGGUGGUUUCAAUUGAGGAACUAGGCUACUUUAAACUUGUGCAUCUUGCUGAUGGCACCACAAUCAAAACUAAGGUGUUGAUUGGGUGUGAUGGAGUGAAUUCACUGGUGGCAAAGUUUCUGGGCUUUAAGAAGCCAGUUUAUGCAGGGCGAUCAGCUAUUAGGGGUUAUGCAGAUUUCAAGGCUGAUCAUGGCUUUGGCUCUAAGGUCCUUCUAUUCUUUGGUAAAGGGGUUCGGUCAGGUUUUGUCCCUUGUGAUGAUGCAACUAUAUAUUGGUUCUUCACUUGGAUACCAUCUGACCAUGCUAAUAAAGAGUUAGAGGAUAAUCCAGCAAAGAUGAAACAAUUUGUCCUGAGCAACCUUGGAAACGUGCCUGAUGGAGUAAGGACUUUCGUGGAAAUCACCGAGCUGGACAGCGUUGUAUCUUCUCCUUUAAGGUACAGGCAUCCAUGGGAGGUACUGUGGGGAAAUAUAAGCAAAGGUAAUGCUUGUGUAGCUGGAGAUGCUUUACAUCCCAUGACCCCAGAAAUUGGCCAAGGUGGGUGUUCUGCUUUAGAGGAUGGAGUUGUUUUAGCUAGAUGCCUGGCUGAAGCCUUGAACAAAAAAUUGAGUGUGGAAACUCAGGACAAAGAGAAGGAAGAGUAUAAGAGGAUUGAAAUGGGAUUGAAAAAGUAUGCAAAAGAGAGGAGAUGGAGGAGUUUUGACCUAAUUAGUACUGCUUAUGUGGUUGGUGCUAUUGAACAAAGUCGGGGGCAAAUAAUGAACUUCCUUAGAGAUGCAAUUAUGGUUAAAUUUCUUGCUGCAUUGCGAUUGAAGAAAGCUGAAUUUGAUUGUGGGAAGCUUGAUAUUUCCUGA